GCAUAGGGGGUCCUAUGACAAUAUCCCAAAAUAUUUGUGAUCUCAAAAAAAAUUGUACAUUAUUUGUGUAGCCGUAGUAGUAAUGAAUGAGAAUUGAGAAGGUACUAAUAAGAAGUUAGAUGCAUGAAUUGAUGAUGUAAGACAAAUGUAGUUGUAGCUUCUAACCUCACAAUCUACCAACCUCCACCUACCUUGCUUUUUUUUUCCUUAUACAUAUUUAUUUUGUUUAGUAAUUUCGAUCCAUUAUGUUUUCUUUUCAGUCUUUUCAGUCCAAUCCCCCAAAAGUGUCCACUUUUGCAAAUUUACCAAAAAUAAAGUAUCACUUUUUUGCAACUGGCAGUUACUGCUAGCAGUUAUUUUGUUUCUUUAAAUUGAGUUCUCAUCUUCUUCAAUCUUCAUCUCUUUAUUGCUUUCAUGUGUUGUCACCUUUCAUUAUCUGUAUGGCUCUAGAGCAUAUCCAUACUGUAAGUAAUGCAUUAAUUUUGUUUUUGUAUUGAAAUUUUGGGUUUUCAUCAACUAAUUGGAAGCAAAGAUCGUCAUUAGAAGGUAAAUCCUCAUUUUCAUCAACUAAUAUCUCAAACAAAAAUCAAAAUUUAUCAUGGUGAUGUAGCUAGUGAAAUUUUUUUACCUCCAAUCUCGAAUUAGAGCAAAGAUCGUCAUUAGAAGGUAAGUCGUGUGAUUAGGAUAGUAGUCUUGCUCAAGUAAAAUGAGUUAACAAGUUUGAGGGGAGAAUCUUUUUUUAUAAUGGUGAUCACAAUUUAUUUAUAGAAAGAGAGAGAAAACAACAACAAAAAGCAACAGAUAGCGAUGAAGUCAGGUUGAAAGAUGGUGCAUCUCGAAAAUUACUUGUUGUGGAUUAAGAUCCCGAAAAUUAUUUGUACAAAGUACGUGAUACUCAAAUUUGAUAUUUCAGGUUCUCUAAUUUCGCUUGUGAUGGAGUCAAAUUUUUAAAUUAGGGAGGCCAAUUUUGUUGUUAACAAUGAUGUAAUUCAACAAAUAAAUCAUGUUUCAAAUUGUACUUUCUCGUAUGUGAUCACGCGUUCAUAUCACAAAUAACGGCAUAAAAUUUAGCGUUUAAUUUAUUGCCUUGAAAAGAAAUAAAUCAACCCGCUGGAACGGAGGAGUUGAUCUCGUUGAAGCCGCCUCCUCCCGAAUGGGUUGCUCUCAACUUUGACGGCUCCAUCUACCCUGACUCACGCCACGCCGCUGCUAGCUGCCUAAUUAGAGAUCCUACAGAAAGUUGUCUUGCACCAUUCACAAUUAACCUCGAGAUUUGCUCUAUCACCCGACCUGAGUUGAGAGGUGACUUAGAAGGUCUUCAGUUGGCAUGGGAGCUGGGCCUAUCGCAAGGUCCAGGUUCAACUCGACUCUCGGUACGUUAUUGAGCUUCUUACGCACGACAGUAGAGAGGAUCAUCGACACUCCGCAGUCAUCCAACGAUUUCGAGAGCUUGUGCAGCGUGAGUGGGAAUAAGUGUGUUGAUUUUAUCACUAGCAGAGGCCACCACCUACCUCUGAGGUCAUAUGAUUUUCCUAUGUCAGAUUCCACUCUUGUGUAUUGAUUGUUGUAUGACUUUCAGAGACUUUUUGAACCCGUCUGAUUUUGAAUGAAGGCUUAGAUGCUCAACAUCCAUUUAUGAAAAAAGAAAAGAAAAGAAAAGAAAAGAAAGAAAUCAAUAUAUUUGGAGAUUAAGGAAGAUAAUUCUUGAUUAAGCUAAUAACAAACAAAAAACGGUGGGAUGAGAAGGAUGAGAAGGCAUUUUAAGGAAAGCUACUUUCCGUUUUUUUAUCGGCUAAUAUUUGUCCUUAUCGUAUCAUAUGACUAAAGAGUUGACAAAAACAUAUAGAAAUUACUAAAUUAGUGGUAAUUAAUUAAUGUUCUUUAAUUUGUUAUCUACCUAAUUUGUUAUCUACUUAGUGAUAAGUGACGUGCCAAAGAGAAGAAAACAGUAAGCAAUAAGGAAGAGAUCGAUAACGUGGCUUUCCUUCUAGAAGUAAACAAAAGCUCUCUUUUCGGCUACUUUCCUAGCUAAUUCCCUCUCUUGUCACCGUCCUUUCGUGGACAGCCACAUACUAUUAUUGUCUAAUUAUCGGCUAAACAAAGUAAUUAUCUCUGUAAUUACUUAAAGAUCUCAACGUUCAAAUAGGUUAAGUUAGUUAGAAAUCCGGUUCCAUGUUAUUAUGAAACCAUCUCCGAUUAGUGUUUUAUUGAUGCCGUACUAAUCAUACAAGUCAGGUUAGCCUUGAUCCAACCAAUUCGAAUUGUUAAUAAGUUACUGCAAAUCAAUAAUCUCUUUGCGAGAACCACCUCACAAGAAUUAAGAUAUUUUAAUCCGAUGCUAACUUGUCGUACGUGACCGUUAAAUAGACGCAAUAAUAAUUUCGUAAAUAAAUUAUCAUCACAUCUAUUUAACGAUUAACCAACCGUGCAAAGAUUUAAAAAAAAAAAGAGUCUUUAUAUAAAAUUUUCCAUCAACCUUAUCUUUUGUUUUUGUGAAAAGAUAAUACAUGAUGGGCUUAUCUACCAACCACCACCCACACCUUCUUAAUAAGAGACCUAAUUGGCUAUGAAUGGACUCACAAUCUAUCCAUCCUUUUCUUCCUUCCCUAACUUUGUUCAUUUUCACCACCUUAUUAUUUUUCUUUAUUUCCCACAACCACAAAGUCCAUCUUCUGUCUCUCUCUCGUACUAUUUAUUGCGACCCUACAAGCCAAAAUCAAUAUAUUUUGGAUAGGAUCCAAAUGAGACAUCUUGGAUCAGUUCGCACAGAAGUACUCAAUGAAAUGAAGUAGUUGAGUUGAGUUCGAGUACCACAAUUUAUCGAGAGAGAGAAAAAAAAAGGCAUUGUAUAAGAAUUGUUUCCUGUGAUGAAGUUUAAGUUGCACGAUUAGUUAGUAAAACUCAUCAUAGAGUCAUUCUUCCUCUUCAGUUUCGUUCUUGGGUACUUUUGUCUAGUAAUCGUCAUAUAGUAAUUAUUUCUGUUCCUAGGUACAUUGUGCAUACAUAUAAGGGGUUGUUUAAUAACCAAAAUAUUAGGUCUCACAUUUCAUUAUAUUUUUCAUGUUUCAUUUUAGGACAAUCAUAAUAUUAGUACAUCAUGUAAUUUGAUAGUUCUUGCCACCAUAGUGCCUCCUCUGCUUUGAAUUUAUACAAGUUAACUAGUCGAGAUUUCAUAUCUUCUUAUAUACGGCUUCAUGCAAACUAGGUAGUAUAUUAUGACACUACAUGAAUUCUGACAAUCCAACCUACAAAAUACAUGAGCUAUUCGAAUACACGAAUUAUCAGAACUCUCGUAAAGUGUAACAAAGCAAACUGUGAGAGACAGUGCCGGAGGAGUUAGGUUGAAACGAGCGAGUAGGGGCUAUAAUUCCUCUCAAGUUAGAAAUACAGGUAAAAUCACAUA